CUCAGGUGGUCAUGGGGUGGCAAUGGAUAGCCUAAGUUUAUCAUUAAAGUUUGCUCGAUGGAUAAGACCAACGAAUCCCGUACUGUAAAUCCGGUUCAAUCAAUGACGCGCGAAUGAUCAUCCAUUCUGAUGCGCUUUUUUUAAAAUUUUUAUGUAGCUUGGUACUCGACCAUGUAACCAUUUCCGAAACGCAAAAGCACAAUCUAAAUACCGAGACAAAUUUUGGUAAUUAACAAAUCCCAAAAUCCUAUCGAUUUGGCUGGCUGCAGCCAGGGAGAGAACUUUAAGGACACGCCCUUUCUUCAGACGGAUCUGUCCGAGAGCGCCUGAAGUAACGCUACAGUCGUGUUUUGUUAUUUUAUCCGUGUAUAUGUAAAGCAAAUAGAUUUCACGAUGCAAUGCACAAAACCGCCAAGUCGAACCAAAUCGGAGGAAGAACUCUAUAAUGCUCAAAGGAAGAAGGUGACGAGUUUAAAUGCCAAGUUCCUAGGUCUGGAGGGAGAUGGAGACCUUCAGUUCCUGUUGACGGGGGGAGACCUGCUUAAGGUGCGCUCUUCGUCCUGGAAGAAAACCCGCUAUUUCAAACUGCAGGAUGACUGCAAGACCCUGUGGUACGAGUCACAGCGGACCUUUUUCAAGUCGAACCCAGCCUGUGAGUGUCUUCCCCGCAGAGCGCCACUCUCCAUCGAAGACAUCUCGGCCGUGCGGCCGGGCCGUCAGUCGGAGGGCCUGCAGAAGUACACGGAGGAGCAGGUGGGCCCGCGAUGCUUCUCCAUCAUCUUCAAGGGCCGGCGCAAGAACCUGGACCUCAUCGCCAGCUCGGAGGAGGAGGCCCGGCGCUGGGUGGUCGGCCUGGAGAAGGUCAUCACCAGCACCAAGGGCCUGGACCGCCAGGUGAAGACUGAGCACUGGAUCUUCAACUGCAUGAGGAAGGCCGACAAGAAUGUGGACGACAAGCUGACUCAGAAAGAGCUGAAGGACCUGCUGCUUUUCAUGAACAUGGAGGUGGAGGAUGACUACGCUGAGAUCCUCUUCAAGCAAUGCGACGCGUCCAAAUCGGGGUACCUGUCCGGCGCGGAGAUCGAGCGCUUCUACGAGCUGCUGACGCAGCGGCCGGAGAUCGACAUCAUCUACUCGGAGUACGCCCGCACCACGGGCCUCAUGAGCGCCGCCGACCUGCAGCAGUUCCUGGUGCAGGAGCAGAGGGAGGAGGCCACGCUGGCCGACGCCCACGCGCUAAUCGACAAAUACGAGCCAGACGAAAAAGUCAAGGAGAAGAAGCUCCUGUCCAAGGACGGCUUCCUCAUAUACCUGAACCACCCUGAGGGCGUGGUGCUGAGCCCCACACACGCCACCUUGUACCAGGACAUGAGCCAACCGCUCAGCCACUACUUCAUCUCCUCCUCGCACAACACCUACCUCUUGGAGGACCAGCUCAAGGGCCCCAGCAGCACAGAGGCCUACAUCAGGGCCCUCCUGCUGGGUUGCCGCUGCGUGGAGCUGGACUGCUGGGACGGGUCAGACGGCGAGCCCGUCAUCUACCACGGCUACACGCUCACCUCCAAGAUCCUCUUCAAGGACGCCAUCCAGGCCAUCCACGAGUACGCCUUCAAGACGUCUGAGUACCCGGUCAUCCUGUCCCUGGAGAACCACUGCAGCGUCGAGCAGCAGCAAGUCAUGGCCCAGCACAUGAGCUCCAUCCUUGGGCCAGCCCUGCUCACACAGCCCCUGGGGGACACCAUGCCCACCUGCUUCCCCUCGCCGGAGGACCUGAAGCGGCGUUUCAUCAUCAAGGGGAAGCGUCUGAACAAGCUGGAGGCAGCCUUCUCUCCCGAGGCCGCGGCGGACGCCGCCGAUUACGACGCUGUGUCGGAGGACAGCGAGGAGGACGAAAAGGAGGAGGCAGAGGAGGAGGAGGAGAGGAAGAAGAACAAGAAGAAGCUGAAGCUGGCGAAGGAGCUGUCGGACAUGGUGGUGUACUGCAAGAGCGUCCACUUCAACGGCUUCGCGGACGCUAGGGACAACCUGAGCUUCUACGAGAUGUCCUCCUUCAAGGAGGGCAAAGCCCUGGAGCUGGCGGAGGAGUCUGCUAACGGCUACAUCCGCCACAACGUGGACAAGCUGAGCCGGAUCUACCCCGCAGGCUCCAGGACCGACUCGUCCAACUACAACCCCGUCCCCUUCUGGAACGCUGGCUGUCAGAUCGUGGCGCUGAACUUCCAGACGCGCUGCGCGGACAUGAGUCUGAACCAGGGCCGCUUCCUGGUGAACGGCCGCAGUGGCUACGUGCUGAAGCCCUCCUACCUGAGGGACGCCGCCAGCGAGUUCGACCCCAUCACCCUGACCCGCGGGCCCUGGCUGAAGCACAAGAACCUCCACAUCAUGGUGAUCUCAGGCCAGCAGUUGCCUAAGGUGAAGGCUAAGAAGACCUCCAUCGUGGACCCGGUGGUGAGGGUGGAGGUGCAGGGCGUCCCUGCUGACGUAGCGGUGAAGGAGACGGCGUGCAUCGAUAACAACGGGUUCAACCCCGCGUGGAACGAGAGCUUUACUUUCGACGUGCACGUACCGGAGCUGGCCCUGGUCCGCUUCGUCGUGGAGGACUACGACAGCGCCUCGGACAACGAAUUCGUCGGCCAGUACACACUCCCCUUCUCCAGCUUGCAGAUGGGAUACAGACACGUGCCUCUACUCGACCAGAACGGAGACCUUCUCCCGUCGUCGGGUCUCUUUGUACACAUCAUGGUGGUCGACGCGUAGUAAGACGGGCGUCUCACCGACAAACACACACAUCACACAGAGAGGGGGAUACAUCUGAAAAAACUCCUGUGUGACAACAUGACACUAAAACUAUUCCGGCAGUUUUUAUUAGUUUCUACGUAGAUCUAGAUGGAUGGAUACGUUUCAAGUACUUUAGUUACAACUUUUCUGUGUCGGUCUGAUCAGCAAAUUCACUGGCUUUUUUUCUUUGAGGAUAACUAGAAUAAGACAUGUAGAAGCACUAUUUACAGCAGAUUCCUUUUUUCUUUUUUUAGCACGACAGUAAUUUUAUACUUGAAGCCCCUAGGCAUUGGCAUUCUUUGAGCAGGUGGGACACAGAAACACACUAACUAACUCCCACUAGUGCAGCUGGCUUGGGAGCGUUAGUUUGAGAGAGUAUUUCUCUUGGGUUUAAAUUAGCUCACGUAGGUUUAUUCACUUUUGUUGUUGGACUACUGUCUCCAGCAUUUGUAGCCUUUAUCGUAUUAUGUCUAAAUGCCUUAAUUUAUGUAUAUGCCAAUAUUGAAAGAACAUGAUGCAUCUUAGUCCUUGAUCAUUUUCAACUUUUUGUUCUUGUAUCAGAGUGUAGCAGUUCUCACUGCUGUUUUUUAAUCUCUGAUAAAACAUUUCAAACUAAGUGUUUUUUUUGUUACUAAUCAUUGACGGAAAACAUUCACAAGAAUACUCACUGAAACUAAGCCAAUUGAUAGAAAAGCAUAAAGUGGCAUAUUGUCAUUUGACUCCCAAAUAAUACAUUUUUCUUGUCAAAUUUAAACAAAGUAUUUAUAUUUCUACCUCAAUACGUUACAGUUGGAAAUAAAUGUGGCUUGGACUUAUUCACCUAGCGGUCAUAUUGCUUCCCAAGUAGCUUCAUUAUCCCCACCCAGCUACUGUUAAGACCCAAUAUGGCGGCUUGGUGAACAAAGCCUCAUCAACUUUACCAUUGCAUGGACGGGGCUAUCAAAAUGUUAUAUCUUCGAAAAGCACUGAGUUCUCACCAACAGUCUAAAGUGACAAAAGGAUGUCGUCGUCGUCGUCCCCCCCCGACAAGAAUUUAAUACCGGCUGCUAUAUGGGAAAGCAGGCUGCUUUGUCCGGACAACAAUGCCAGGCUAGGACGGAGAAUAGUUUUUACCUGACCUGUAGGAGGGCCACGCCCUCAACACACAGCCUGGUAGUCCAGGGCUGACACUCAAAUAGGCAACACAAGACAACACAAAUCCAAAGAAUUUGGCUCAUAGCCCCAGGGGUGGUUUAACCUAUAGAACCAUCUAGGCUGACAUAUUUGGUUUUCUAAUAGACAGCCCCAACGAAAAACGUCUGUUUACGCCACAAUGGAGUCGUGUUUGAUGGGCUGAACUCCCAAUCGAUAUGAAUAGUAUAGUUUGGUCAACAUCUUUGUCUACUAAUCAGGGUGCAAGACAAUUUAUAUCACCAUUUCAAAUCGGAUAGUCUCAGAUCUGUACAGGCCCUGGAAAGAUGGCACUACAUAACCAAACCCCGCAUAACUCACUAGCAAAAUCCCCAAAAGUCUUUUUAAAAACUCAAAUCACAUGACUUCCUGUCUCUUGAUACCAUUGGCUUUGAAGCACAAUAAUGAAACAAGUCGUAAUCUUUGUAAAAAGGUGCUUUUUAUUGUGACAUGUCCAGGAGGAAGUUAUGCAGUUAAGUCAUGAAUAAAGUUCACUGUAAAAAUAUAUAUACUGCAAUCAGGAGCACAGUAACAUCCCUCUCUCACCUGGGGGCUGGGAGUAUUAGACCUUUUAUCACGUAGAGAGACUAAGAAAUAUAUCUUUAAUCAAGGUAGAGACUAAGAAAUAGACCUUAUAUCAGGUAGACUAGAUGGAAAACGGAGAUCACAUUUGUGCUAAGUGACAUUGCUUUGGCCUUUUAAGUCUUGUACCGUACAGAACGACAAGAAUAGAAUUUACCCGACAGUCAACGAAGGAGGAUCGUGUUCUAAAAUGAACCGAAAAAAGGGUGAAGAACCAGGAAGAAUAAUCCUAGGAACUGCAAAGUGUUUUAACUUUGUUUAAAUAAAAAUGGAAAACCGGUGGCAAUGUGGUAAGGUGAACGGAUACGGCCAGAAGUUUAAAACGAUGGAGAACAGUCAUCCACCACACAAACACACACCAAAACAAA